GGUCUCCUACUCUAACCGUCUUGGAAGUACCCCUUCCUCCUCUCUUCCUCUCUUCACAUACAUAUAGCCCUCCUCCCCUCUCACAAACCAUCCCAAUCUCCAAUCUUUCCUCUUCAACCAUUAAAUUUCUUCAAAUCCUCAGCCCUCACUGUUGAGCAGAUCAUGGCUGUCACAGAGAAUGGCAGCAUCAACGGCAACGGCAAAGCUUUUGAGCUCCGAGUGAAACAAGGGGAACCAACGCUUGUUCCUCCCGCUGAGGAAACCACAAAGGGUUUUUACUUUCUGUCAAAUCUGGACCAGAAUAUAGCCGUUAUAGUUCAAACCAUCUACUGCUUUAAAGCAGAGGAGAAAGGGAACGAGAAAGCUGCUGAGGUGAUAAAGGAUGCGUUGGCGAAGGUAUUAGUUCACUACUAUCCGUUAGCCGGUCGGCUGACGAUAAGCGAGCAAGGGAAGCUUAUAGUGGACUGCGAUGGCGUUGGGGCCGUCUUCGUUGAAGCCGAGGCAGACUGCGACAUGGCGGACAUCGGCGAUAUCGCCAAGCCUGAUCCGGCUACGCUUGGCAAGCUUGUUUAUAAUGUUCCUGAUGCGAAGAACAUACUGGAAAUACCCCCCAUGGUUGCUCAGGUGACCAAAUUCAACUGCGGCGGCUUCGUCCUGGGUCUGGCCAUGAACCACUGCAUGUUCGACGGAAUCGGCGCCAUGGAAUUCGUCAGCUCGUGGGGCGAAACUGCCCGGAAUCUCCCCCUGAGCAUCCCCCCCUUUCUCGACCGCAGCAUUCUCGCCGCCCGCACCCCUCCCCUCAUCCAAUUUCCCCACCACGAAUUCCGGCAGAUCGAAGACAUUUCCGAAACCGCCAAGCUCUACGAAUCCCAGCCGAUGCUCUACCGCUCAUUCACCUUCACGCCGGAAAAACUCGAUCUUCUCAAAACCAAGGCCACGGAAUUCGAACCCAUCUCCAAAUGCACCUCUUUCGAAGCCCUAUCGGGCUUCGUAUGGCGGGCGCGAACCCAAGCGCUGGACCUCCACCCCGACCAACAGACCAAACUGCUCUUCGCAGUCGACGGCCGUUCCCGGUUCGAGCCGCCGCUGCCCAAAGGGUAUUGCGGGAACGGAAUUGUGCUGACGAACUCGCUCUCUAGCGCGGGAGAGCUGCUGGGGAAUCCGGUGGGUUUUGCGGUGGGGAAAGUGCAGGAGGCGGUGAGGAUGGUGACGGAUGGGUAUAUGAGAUCGGCAAUUGAUUAUUUUGAGGCGACGAGGGAGAGGCCUUCGUUGGCGGCGACGCUGUUGUUGACGACUUGGUCGAGGUUGGCUUUUCAUGUGACGGAUUUUGGGUGGGGGGAGGCGGUGCAGUCGGGGCCGGUGACGUUGCCGGAAAAGGAGGUUAUACUGUUUCUGAGCCACGGGAAGGAGAGGAGGAGUAUCAAUGUGCUGUUGGGUCUGCCGGCUUCGGCGAUGGUCACUUUCCAGGAGAUCAUGGAGGAGAUAGUCUGAACUGAUACGCCUAUAAAGAGUGAACAGUACACUGAUUGUUGUUUGUUAAUUUAUGUAUGUGUCAAUAUGUGUGCUUUGUUGUAGUCAAAGGCUGAGCUUUUUUAGUUAUUAUUAUAUGUGCUUGGAUGAACGUCUGGUUUAUGUUAAAUUAAGCCUUGUAAUAUCAUUUCAUUAAUACAAUAAUUUCUAUUAUGUCGUC